GUGGGAGAGAGACCAGGAGGAAACAUGUAUAGAGAGAGUGUGAGAGUAUGUGUGUGCGUGAGAGAGAUAGAGAGAGAGAAGGAGGGAAUAGAGCAGAGCAGUGUUUGUGUGUGUGUGCUGAAUGAGUGGGCCUGGUGUGUGCAGUGUGUGUGUGAUGGUCUGUGCUGCAGUAUGCGCGGCCUGACUCUGUGCACGUGUGUACUGCUGCUCCUGCUCUCUCCUCCACAGGGUGAAGCCCACCCGCAGUGCCUGGACUACAAGCCCCCAUUCCAGCCACUCGAACCCCUGCUCUUUUGCAAGGAAUAUGCCAAGUUUGGGUGCUGUGAUCUGGAGCGGGACCAGCAGAUCUCCCGCCGCUUCCACCACAUCAUGGAUUACUUCGAUCACACGGGAUUCACGGCCUGUGGGAAAUACAUCCGCAGUAUACUGUGCCAGGAAUGCUCUCCAUAUUCUGCACAUCUGUACGACGCAGAAGACGCAAACACACCGAUGCGCGAGCUGCCAGGCCUCUGCGGAAACUACUGCAAUGAUUAUUGGCUCCACUGUCGAUACACGCUCAGCCUCCUGACCAAUAACAACAACACUUACGCUAUUGAAGAAGACCGAGGCAAGUUCUGCAAAUACCUGGAGCUGAAGGAUCCCGAGUACUGUUACCCAAACGUACUCUCCAACGAUGAGCUCAACGCAAAUCUGGGAGACGUCAAGGCGGAUCCGCAAGGGUGCAUUCAGUUAUGCCUUGAAGAAGUGGCUAACGGGCUACGCAAUCCAGUAGCGAUGGUGCACGCUAAUGAUGGUACGCAUCGGUUCUUUGUGGCCGAGCAGCUGGGUUUUGUGUGGACUUACUUGCCGAAUGGUUCUCGGAUUGACAGGCCGUUCCUGAACCUGACCCGGGCCGUUCUGACAUCGCCGUGGGCUGGAGAUGAGCGUGGAUUUCUCUGUAUCGCUCUGCAUCCGCAAUUCGCCAAGGUGAAAAAGGUCUACGUUUACUACUCGGUGUCUGUGAAGAGGCAGGAGAAGAUCCGCAUCAGUGAGUUCACCGUGUCCGAAUCGGAUAUGAAUAUGCUGGAUCACUCCUCAGAAAGGACACUUCUAGAAGUCGAUGAGCCGGCAUCAAACCACAACGGAGGCCAGUUACUGUUUGGGUUGGACGGAUAUCUGUACAUAUUCAUAGGAGACGGAGGAAAAGCGGGAGACCCUUUCGGAAAGUUUGGCAAUUCUCAAAACAAGUGUACUCUUCUAGGCAAAGCCCUGCGGAUUGACGUGGACAACAAUGACUUUGGCGCCCCCUACAGCAUCCCACCAGACAACCCGUUUGUGGGAGAAGCAGAGUCCAGGCCUGAGAUCUACGCCUAUGGCGUGAGGAACAUGUGGAGAUGCUCUGUGGACAGAGGAGAUGCGCUCAGUGGACGAGGACGGGGACGGAUGUUCUGUGGAGACGUGGGACAGAACAAAUACGAGGAGGUGGAUCUGAUUGAAAAAGGAGGGAAUUAUGGGUGGAGAGCCAAAGAGGGAUUCUCCUGUUACGACAACAAGCUCUGCCAUAAUUCAUCACUCGAUGACAUCCUUCCGAUUUUUGCUUACCCUCAUAAAAUUGGGAAGUCUGUAACGGGCGGCUACAUCUACAGAGGCUGCCAGAUGCCCAAUCUCAAUGGUCUGUAUAUCUUUGGGGACUUUAUGAGUGGGCGACUGAUGUCCCUAAAGGAGAAUCCCGAGACUGGAAAAUGGAGCUAUAAGGAGAUUUGCAUGGGCAACGACAAAACCUGCAGUUUCCCCAAGCUCAUAAACAGCUACUACAAGUACAUUAUAUCAUUCGGUGAAGACGAGGCCGGUGAGCUCUACUUUCUUGCUACAGGAGCAGCUAGUGCGACAGCCAGAGCUGGAGUGGUGUAUAAAAUAGUGGAUCCAUCGAGGAGGGCUCCUCCGGGAAAAUGCAGCUUCAAGCCUAGUCCAGUCAACAUAAAGGGCAAGCUGAUUCACUUCAGUCCCAAAGAAGAGUUUGUGAUCAACAAAAAACCCUCCACAACACCUGCACCCAAACCAAAACCCCCCAAACCCAGCACAACCUCUCGUCCCCAAACAACAACAACCACCCGCAGGACUCCUCCAGCGCCCACCGUCCGACCCCGAGUCCACCACACAAAACCUCCAUCCCCGACCACAGCCCGACCAACAUACUGGACCACAGCUCCCAGAACCACCGCAAAAACCCAAACCAGCAGACCAACCAAACGAGGACGGGGCAAACCCAGGAGGAAAGGAGACCGGCGGGGGCGUCCUCGGGCCGGGACGGUGAGAAUAGUCAGCGCAGAUUUACGGAAAGAUCGCGGGCGGGUGGAGAUAUUUGUGCGUGGGGAAUGGGGGACGGUGUGCGACGACUUGUUUAACAUCCAGGCGGCGGCGGUGGUCUGCAGGCAGAUGGGCUUUCCGGUGGCUGUACGAGUGGCCAAAAGAGCCGAAUUCGGGGCUGGGGGUCUCGGCGUCAGGAUUAUGCUGGACGAUGUGGAGUGUGAAGGAACAGAACGCACUUUACUGCACUGCAAACACGCCAAACUGGGCAAAAACAACUGCUCUCACGAUGAGGACGUCGGGGUGGUGUGUGGACACUAUGAACAUGCAGUUGAGUGAAUGGGUGGUGAUGAGUUUCCAUGCAGAUUUAUGAGAUUUUGUCUUGUUUCUUGUUUAAAUAUCUACAAAUUCUUGCAUCAAUACGCAUUUUCUAGACGAGCAAAAAGCGUCUUGUUUUCAGCCUUUAGGUGGAAACAUUACUAGCGUUGAGCAGAUGCAGGUUGUGAUGGAGGGUUGCCAGGUUUUCACAACAAAACUAAACCAAUGGUCCGCCACUGGAAACUGUUUGAAUAUAUUAUAAAAUGAUGACCUACACUUCCUGACAAAAGCAUCCAUGUUUAAGAACAAUAAAUAAGUUGACUUCUAGUUGA